AUGGGCCCCAAACGCCCCGCUAAAGGCAAGGGAAAGAAACCUGACGCCGCAGCUUCUCAAAGCUCUCCCCGUGGCGCUGAGGCUGCCCUGGUACCUGGCCCAAGCAACGCCACUGCUGCCACUCCAUCUGGCCUCGCUCGUGGUAGUCGCCUUGCCACUGUGGUCCAACCCCCGGAGAACCCUUUGCGUCAUGCGCGCCUCCCACCUGAUGACACGAUGUCAGAGAUUCCCCCCUGGGCUUUCUGCAAGUUCAAUCACUUGAUGGCAGCAUUUGAGAAGUACGAGGGCGCCAUCGAUCCCAGCUUCCCUCGCCCAAACUUCAGCCAAACGACCACGCACCGCCGCGCCAAUGUUUUGGAGGCACUUCAGCUCUGCUACACAAAGUUUGUUGAGGCCGGAAAGAACCUGAUGUGUCGCCGCCUGCUCGUUGGGGAGGAUUCCAAGCAUCAGAAGGUGAACACCUGCCUGGCGAUGCUGGAGAUCGCCUCUGACAUUUACAGCCUACACUGUACCAUGAGGCACGCGAAUGACAUCCAGAUGGUGCUGCACGUCCACAACCCUACCAUCGCUGCGACUGAGGAGUACGAGUCGUCUGGUAGCGAGGGUGAGGAGGACCCGCUGGUGGAUGAUGAGGACACUGAGGAUUGGGAGUUGGUGACCGUUGUGGCCUCUGAUGCUGAGGAGGAGGUUCCUGAGCCAGGACGCAUAGCAUCAAUGACGACUUCCUUCACUCCUUCACAAAUCCUCUUGAGCUCAGGAAAAUGCAUGGCGAUCACUGCCACCAUCUCUUUGUCUGGGCCAAGUGGGAUUUGUUCCCCCCAACUGUAG